AUGGAGGGUGAAAUAAUCGGAAAAUUGCAAACAAGCGCUUUUCAGGAUUGUCUUCAACAGUGCUCCAAACAGAAGAAAUGUACUGCAGUGAAUUUCUUGUUAGGUGUCCAAGAGGAUCCGGUAUGCUUGUUUAUCGAUCGAACCAAAGAAGGAAAUAAAUCGGAAAUGCCAAUCCCAGAAAGUGUAAUUUAUAGUGCAGUAUCUUUCUGCUUUAAUCAAAAGUUGUCGUCACAGUGUACUGAUAGCACUACAUGGUCAUUCGAAAAAUUUCCAAACAAGGAUCUUAUUGACGACAGGUUUGCAGAGAACGCUGAAGGAAAAAUUUCGCUUGAGAAAUGCUUGACCUCUUGUUUGAAUGAGAAACAAUGCAGGGCGGUCUUGUAUAAUGAAAAAGUGGCACAGUGCCGUUAUUUGAAUGUUUCAAUUCAAAAUGUUCACAGUGCAAAAAAAUUCUUCAAACGUAGUGUGGGCGUAGAUUUAUAUGAAAACAAUUGUUUUCCGGAAAAUCUUAUUAUGAAUAUUGCACAGUGUCAGUUCAUCCGAAUGCAAUCAUCCGGUUUCACAGAAAUUUUUGACGAGCGUAUCGCGAAUGUAAGUAGCGCCAUUGAAUGUGAGCAAUUAUGUCUUACGUGGGACAGUGGUAAUUGUCGCUAUUUUACAUAUCACAGAGGAACACACAUGUGUUAUCUGAGUCAUACUUCGCCUCGAACAUUAAACAAGAAUCCUCUACAGAAUUAUGAUUUAAAUUUGUCAUCUGGCGAUCUAGAAGACUGCAUACAGUUCAAAUUAAAGUGUAAACCAGAUCGGAUGCAAAUACAUGGUGCAUCAUUAAAGAUGUUUUCUGGAACACUUAUGACGAAAAACAACAAAAUAGUUUCUUGCGAAAAAAGAUUCUUUCAUGUAUACGAAUUCGAUGCUGAGAUUUUGUAUAAUGAAUGCGGAAUGCAAAAAGCUCUUUUUCCUUAUUUAACUUUUUCAAAUUUGGUAAUGUUAAAGGAAGGUAGCACUGAACUCAUUACUGUCAAGGACAAAUUGUUAAAGGUUGUUUGCCGCAUACAUAAUGAUUUAGAGAUUCCACCGGUUGACCAACAUUUGUCAUUUCAUCUUCGAAAUGAAGAUGGGAAUAUUACAAAACAGAUAUUAGCGAAGAAUAUACAAAUAUCACCGCAGUUACGGAGUUAUGUGACUCAACCCCGAUACACAAUGGAAGUGAUGGAUGCAAACAGAAAUCCGGCAGAAGUGGUACAGAUCGGUGAUGAAGGCUAUCUUUUACUAACAUUACAUGAUAAGCCAAUCAAAUUUUCGAUAAUUGAUUUAUUUGCUCGUGACACGCAAAGUGACAGAACUUUUACAAUCAUCGAUUCUGAUGGCUGCGCUGUUCCAAAUGGAAUGCUCAAAAACACUGAUAGAAUUGAUAAGAAUCAUUUGCAGUUAACCCUCGUCUUUAAUGGUUUCUCGGAUGAGGCCGAUAUUAUCUAUGAAGCUUAUGCUAUACCUUGCGACGAAUUUUGUGGUCCAAAUAGUUGCAACAAAAUGAAUUCCAUAAAAAAUCAACAAACAAAAAUUAAAAGUAGAGUAAGGAAGAGGCGAUCAGUGACGACACAGUCUGAAUCACGACUCUUUGAACUUUCUGGAGAUAUAUACGCUGUAAAAUCAUCAAAUAAGCUCAAGCUUAGAAAGAAGUCAUGGAAAAUAGAAACAGAAAGUAAUGAUAUACGACCAAAGUCAGUCGUAACGCUUUACGAACAAUCGUUAACAGACGUCAGUGAUAGCGCAGAAGGAAAGUCUACCACAGUAAAUCAACUGGUAUGUAUUACUGAAGAUGUAAAGUGUUUAAUAGUUUUUUUGGCACUAUGUCUGCAGGCCUUAGUGUUGGUUGCUAUCAUUGCUGUAACAUACACUACCAUUCAGCACUGGAUGCGACAACAAAAGAACCCAGAAAUUGUCGGACUAAGUCGAAAUAUCGACAAUAAACAAGAGACGAUCAGAAGACUGUCGAGAAGUUGA